UAAAGAUGGCGCCGCCGCGCCGGAAGUGACACCAUACGUCAUGGCACACGGCUAACUUCCCGUCUCUUCCUCGCACGACAGCCACCAUGCCGCCUAAAAAGGAUACAAAGAGUUCCUCUAAACAACCUCAAAAAACCCAGAAGAAGAAGGAGGGUGGAUCUGGUGGAAAGGCUAAGAAGAAGAAGUGGUCCAAAGGAAAAGUACGUGAUAAGUUAAACAAUCAAGUACUCUUCGACAAGCCGACAUAUGAGAAAUUAUUGAAAGAAGUACCGCAAUACAAAUUGAUUACGCCGUCGAUUGUUAGCGAAAGAUUAAAGAUUAGGGGAUCUCUCGCCAGACGGGCAUUGAUAGAACUUCAGCAGAAGGGCUUGAUCAAACAAGUUGUACAACAUCAUGCGCAACUUAUCUAUACGCGUACUACUAAGGGAGAUGAUCCAGCGGUAUAAUAUGUAAACUUCAAUUUAAUAAAAAAAAAUUAAAACCAAU